CUUAACCUGCAUUCUGCGCACGCGUGGCGUGGUUAAUUUUUUAUUUUAUUUUAUUUUUUUUUGGUUUAACAUGGAUUUUGAAAGCUUGUAUCGCACAAGUCAGAUCAAUGGCACCAUUUACAUAACCACACGUAAGGAACUGGACGAGGAACUGAAGUGCUCGCUGGAGGAGGGAGCCGGUGAGCUAUUUCUUACUUCUAUCCCCAAACAUCCGCAUUGUACUCCGGAAAAGAUUGUGGAGUUGGCCAGCGAACUGGGUGAGAUUUACGCCCUUCGCUUUAAGAUCGAUUUUUCUGGGCAAAGUCGUGGCUAUGCCUACUUGCAAUAUAUCAAUGCGCCUCUCAAGGAGGCGGCAUUGGAAUACCUGCCGAGGAGAUUCAGCCAGAGGAACCUCAAAAUCAAGGUGCUCACAUCGAACAAUAACCGCGAGUUGUUGCUAAAUCGGGUCGAGAAGCUCAGUCCGUGGCAAGUUUACCAGGAGAUGCGCAAGAUAUUUCCCUUCGCCAUCCUUCGAGUCUACGAGUACCAAUACGAUGCGUUCAUCUACAUCUUUGGGUAUCGAAACAACGAUGCGGCUGCCAGUGCCCACCAGAGCAUAAGAAAUGCCAUCAGAAAGUUCGGAGCACGUGCCCGCAUCUCCUGGUUUAGUCGCGGGAAUUUCUUGAGUGGUGCCAAGGUAAACUCCUAUUGCUGUCGGAAAUUGGACUUGAACAAUAUGGAUUUCGUUCCAAGCAUUGAAACUGAUUGUUUCAAAUUUUAAAACGAAUUUAUAAGUUUUUCGGAUAUAUUGAGUUACUCUCUCGGUUGCACAAACCUAAGCUUGUGGGAGAAUAACGUAUAAAAGGGAUUGUGAUAUGGGGAUACUUCUACAUAAUUCCAAAAUAAGUAUAUUAGACUUAUUUUUUUUAUUUCAUAAAACAAAGUCCCCCAACAGCUGUAGCAAUGGAAAACCUAUUUACCCAAAUAAUAAUAAUUGAAUAACAGAUUAUUGCUCCGAAACAAGUAAAGUAACAGUUUAUUAUUGUCAAACAGAUAAAUAUUUUUUUUUGACUAUCAUCUAUUUUUGAUAUUGAAAUAUC